ACAUCUUGUUGGAUUUAGCAGCAACAUUAUUGAUAAAGAACAAGGGAUUUCCAAGUUGAAUAGAGAGGCGGUAGAAUCUGAUUCAAGUGAAAUGAAGACUAGAAGAUGUAUAUCUUCUAGAAGAACAGAUGGCACCAUUUCAUCCUUUGGAUCAGAAAGUGUUGGCAUAAAUCCUAGCCCUACACCUGCAUAGGAUUCUUUGUACAGAAUACAAAAUUAGUUAUUCUUUGUUGUUACUUGAACAAAUAAUGUUUAGCCAGCUGUAAAGUUUGUUACUCUUUUCCUUAGUUUUGUUAUUUUCUUUCUCUGCACAAAAUAGUUGUAUAUAUACGUUGCCUUACAAUGAAGGAAGAUAAGGAAAAUUUCUCAAUAUUCUCUCUAGUUUCUACAUGGUAUCAGAGCUUUUGGGUUAAUUCUUGAUUCCGUUCCUCUUCAUUCUCCUUUCAUUCUUCUCCCUUGAUCCAAAAUGCCCAGCACUGAAGAAGCUUCCAUUGCUGCUACAGUCGUAGCUUCUGGAUCUGCAACUAUGGACUCUAAUGAUCCAUUUUUCCUUCAUCCCUCAGACUCUCCUGGCAUGAUCCUCGUCAACACUGUCUUUGAUGGUCAUGGUUUUGCAGGAUGGAAGAGGGCUCUCCUCAUUGCACUCUCUGCCAAGAAUAAGCUUGGUUUCAUAGAUGGGAGUUGCAAAUCACCUGCUACUGGUUCAUCUAACCUCAGGCUGUGGAAUCGUUGUAAUGACAUGGUGACAUCCUGGUUGCUGAACUCCCUUUCAAAGGAAACAGCAGCUAGUGUCCUGUAUUCAAAGAGUGCUGAAAGCCUUUGGGCUGAUCUUGAGGAUCGAUUUGGCCAGUCUAAUGGUGCCAAACUCUAUCAUCUGCAAAAAGAGAUUAGUGAUUUAGUACAGGGAACUAGUGACAUCGCAGGCUACUUCACUAAAAUUAAGUUAUUAUGGGAUGAACUUGAUGCUCUCCACUGUUCUGUGAUGUGUGCAUGUGACUGCACUUGUGGAGGAAAGAGUAAGAGGUUGAAAUCUCUGCAAGAUGAGAGGCUCAUUCAAUUCCUAAUGGGUUUGAAUGAUAGCUAUGGAUCUAUAAGAAGCAACAUCAUCAUGAUUUCUCCACUACCUAGUGUGAACCUGGCUUAUUCUCUCUUGAUCCAAGAUGAGAAACAGAAAGAGAUCUACCACAAUCCUCAGUCUCCUGCUGACUUAUCCUCAUAUUCAGCAGUCCAGCAGCCAAUUCUUGGUACCAAAUCUCAAUCCUAUGAGUACAAGGGCAAGAAGAACAACUUGGUUUGCCCUCAUUGCAAGAAGCCAGGUCAUUCUAUUGACAAGUGCUACAGGAUUAUUGGGUUUCCUGCUGAUUUUCAGUUCACCAAGAGUCCAAAAUUCAAGGUGGGGAUCAAAAGCAAUGCAGUCUUGGGGACUCCUAUUGCUCAGCACACUAUGUUUGCUGAAGUAGAUGGGAACCCAUUCUCCCCUCAACAGCUUAAUUACUUACUUCAGAUGCUUAAGCAUGCUGAUCUUGGAGACCCAGAGAAGUUGAUGUCACAAGUAGCAGCUAAUAUGGUUCAAUGUGCUGGACCUUUUAGUGAAGACCCCUCAGGUUCUUGGUCAAGCUAAAAAUGGCAUCUAUCUCCUCCAGUCACCAGUCUUUCCUCUUCAAUGCAGCUCUAAGAAUAGCUUAGGUUUCUUUUCUAGUCUUACAAUUCCAGAAUGUAAUGCAGUUUCUUCUAGUAAUGUAGUUUCUUCAAAUUUCAGUUCUAAUGUAAGACUAUGGCACAAUAGAUUGGGGCAUUUACCCUUCUCUGCAAUGAAAUCUAUGAGUUUCUUUUC